AUGAUUGAUUGUUUGUGUUACUACUAUUUGGAAGGCAAAUGUAACGCAAGUGACACCACAUGUUCAUGGGUACCAAAAUUGCCAUGGAAUUACUAUACUACAGAAAUUUUUACAGAAACACCGUAUGAUAAUGCCGUCUAUUUUGGUAUCAAUGAAGAUGACAAUGUGACAUCAACAUCGUACUUAGAGAGUCCCAAAUUAACAGCAUGUGAUGCCAUUGUUCUUCGAUUUUAUUCUCGUAUAAGUAAUGAAAAUAUUAGUUUAAUAUUAAUGAUGUAUAGGAAAAAGGUGUGGAAAAAGGAGUGGUCAUUAACAUUUAACAAAGAAAAUGAAUGGAAUUUUACUGAACUCACGUUUAACAUAUCAGAAAAAAGUCAAGAUGUUCAGUUUCGUUUUGUACCCGAGAAAUCGAACGAUAAUGCAAAAGGACGAUACGCAGUGGAUGUUAUCAAUGUGACCACAUACACAAAUUGUUUAUCCGAUACGAAUACUCGUUUACUUGUCUAUACAUUUCGUCAGAAGAGACCGGGAAGUUCAACAUCAUAUCAUCCAUUCAUAUUUGUCAUAUUUAUUGGGACAUUUUUAAUUAUUGUUGGAUCAAUCGCUGUAUGCUUUUUAUAUCGUUUGGCAUCGAAACGUUACAAUCACUGGUCAAAACAGCGACGAAUAGCAACAAAUAGAAAAGUACAUCGAACAAAUAACAAUGAAAAAACAGAAGAAUCUGUUGCACUCGAAGGCGAUAGCUCAAUAAAAGCAAUUGUUACAACUUAA